AUGUCUGCUAAUCCUCAAAGAAAAUAUAACACUGAAGCACAUGCUUUUGUCCCAAGGAAUAAAAGAGCUCCAGAAGUUAUUGUUGCACCACCUGGAUUUCCAGUUGAAUAUCUUGAAAUGUUCAAUUCUGCAGAUAAUGAUACAAAGAAAAGUAUUAUUGAACAAUUUCAAAGUAUUCAACAAGAAGAGCUUGAAAACAAUAUUAUUCCAACUGAUGAAGAUUUGUUAGACUACAACAAUAAUGACAUUGAACUUUAUGAAGAAAUUGGAGAAGAUAUUGACCUUCCUCAACCUCCUCAAAAAAAAAUUGAAAUUUCAAGAGAUGAUUUUGAAAAAAGUCUAAAAAAUUUACAAUUAAAACAUGAAAAAGGUAUUCCAUUUGUAAAGGCAAGAGAGAUAGCACAAAAAAUAUCAAAAAUGUUAGGUUGUAUUGUUUCUGGUUUAAUGAUAAUUUCUGCUUCUAAAUUUGUUCAAGACCAAAUGAAUAGUGAUGAAUAUUAUUCUUUCUUCUUGGCUUAUUUGAACCAUGCCCAUCCUGAGUAUUUUUCGUAA